GAUGUCAAAGCUACCGGACAAUUUCAGGCUACGGCUGUUCGGAGGCCUGCGAUCUGCGCUUGGUGCCCUCGACGGGGUCCCAGGCCCCGGCCUACAUGGACCCGAGCUGCGUCGUGGGACUGGCCCUGGCGGCGUCGGCGGCUGCGUCGGGCGUCGGCCACCGGCGGAAACGCCGGCACCGGACCAUCUUCACCGAGGACCAGCUGGAGCAGCUGGAGGCCGCCUUCCUGCGGACCCACUACCCGGACGUUGGGCUCAGGGAGGAGCUCGCACUCCGCGUGGACCUCAGGGAGGAGAGGGUCGAGGUCUGGUUCAAGAACCGUCGAGCCAAGUGGCGGAAGCAACAGCGCGAAGAGCAAGAGCGACAGCGACGACUUCAGGAUCAAGUUCAAGGGGCCAGUGGGGGACGCCAGUCCUGCGAUGAAGGGAAUCGACAUCUGGUGGCCGCUGACGACGAUUCCGACGGCGCCAGCAGCCACGGCGGCCGAGGAACGCCCGAAGACUCGGACGGGGACAACAUCAUCGUCGCCUGACCGGGGCACCUUUACGCACGUCUUUGACUCGGCGACUGGUCUUGAGGUGCUCCCUGCUAUGAUGAACAGGAUGCUUUUGUGCAACUUCAUCCAUCGUCGCGUCACCUGCCCGUGGCACCAUUACCGCACGUAUUUCUGUGACUUGGCUAGUGGUCUUGAGGUACUCCCUGCUAUUAUGGACAUGAUGAUUUCGUGGAACUUCACAAGGUAACGAUCGUCACGUGCUUCUAGAAACGACGUUUACGUCAUGGCUGCGCGCGAGUCUUAUAUGUGUGAUGACGAAACUCCCUAACCGCACGUCGUCCACGGAAUGUCACGUGGUUCACUAUAGGUUUAGGCUUAUCCAUUUAGUGCAAUGUGGUAAUGAAUGUUCAAGGCGUCGUCAUGUACGGGGGGAACAUAUUAAUGUAAGAACGAUAUUUUAUUUAGCUACAGUUGAAUCGUUUGUUUAUGAAACAAGUGGUAUAUUUCUGGUCGCGUAUUGACGGCUGGACCUGAGAUCCACAGCGCGUGAAUACCACAUCCUGGAAUGUCGCUCGCACACGGGACAUUACAGGAUGCGGUAUUUACGUUGUUGAUCCCUACAAGACUAAAGCCCCUGUACUCACGACCAUUUAGUGCAAUCCUGUCGUGAGCAUCCACAAGACAUUGGAAGGACCUCCACGCCCAUGUGAACGUUGAGGUUUCUAAACUCUUGUUUUCUGUUCUUACCCUACCGGAUCACUGAACAGCAAGUCAGCGACAUAAAACGAACGGCAAAAUCAAAGAAGUAGAUCGUAGUAAAAUCACAAGGUUCCCAGAAUCCGCAUAGGCAAGAAGAAAGCAGACGCAAUACAUCUUCGAGCUCGCUAGCCAACUGUUGCAGUCCGUUUCACGUUGUGCGCUGGAUUCUCAAACACGCUGCACAAGUUAGGCGUGGACUUCCCAUAUACCCAUGCUAAAAUCUCAAGACAGUCACGAGCAAAUUUGAAAAUGUCUGCAUUAUAUAUCGCGAUGUGCGUCAACUGGCUGGUACGGCGAUUAAACGAUUAGAGCCUUCCUAUGUAUACAGUAACUGACACUCAAGAAACGGCGAAUCUUGAUCCCACCUUCUGGAACCCUGAAGGGCAGCUAUACCAAUGGCACUUCGACUGACUGUGAACUCACACCUUAAGCGAGUCGAACUCGUGCGCAGCACGUUUAAUUCUGCACGGGCUCGAAGGGGAGCGAUGAAAAAGCGAGCUUAUGGCUUCUCUGAAGGCUGUCUGCGACUGCAACCGCGUAGCUCGCAACACCAGCAACGAUCUAACUUGUGCUGCAGGGCGUGUAUUUUGCCGAGUCGUUACAUAAUCAGAAUAAAUAAAACCGAAAAAAAAAAGUUUACACGGAUGACUAUAGAAGACGCUCAGCACUGUGUUUGUGUCUUCUACUCGUCCUUCUGCUUUUUUACUAUUUUAUUUAUUUUAAUUUUGUGUUCUCUUGACAUGCUGACUCCGCAAUUGUGUGCCAAGGCAUAACCUCGCAGAUGUGAUACCUUGACACACAUAAAAUGCACAGUCUCCUAAAUGUGCCAAGUAAUCCUGUUUCUGCACUCAAGGUGGUACAGUGCCAAAGGUCCGCGGAUUCCUCAGGCUUUUUCAGACAUGCUCUUGAAGCUUCUGGAAGGCAACCAUUACAGGUUGCCUGGCUCUGAAAAAGUGUACAAGCCGUGUUUUGGGUCAAAAUAACCGAAUGUUCGCAUCGCGAACAGCGUCGGGACCAUGCAAUAAAUACAGAACACGAACUAAGCGCGCGGACCGUGUUUGCGCUUAUUCUGUCAUGCUAACUCCUCUUCUGUCCUGGAUCUUCGUGCAGAUGCCUGCCUUCAAAUAGGUAACCGUGCCGUUGGUACGACGGACACUCGCAUUCUGCGCAAAAGAAAGUAAAUAAUAAUAAUAAUAAUUUCAUUAGCAAAAACUGCAGCACAUCAGUCGUGUUCCUAAUCGAAUUGACGGCACCACAAAUCUCGUCGUGAAAGUUUGUUUGUUUUAAGGCUUUACUAUUUAUUAAAA